CCCUACUGGAAAAGAAAACUAAGAGAGGGUGAGAGUAAAGCUUUUAAAAUAUGAGUGAAUAUGCUUCCUUCUGUCACUCUCCUUUAUUGAAAAGACACCCCGGGCCUCCUCUGAUAGACACCCAGUUCAUAUUUUGGAAGGAUGGUGAUUUCGGACUUUGCUUUGAAGAGAUAUUCAUCCUUAGCCUCUCCUACUCUCUUCUCUCUCUGGUGAGCGCACUUUACGCUGGACUCUACAGGUCUCGUAACAGGAGACAGAGGCCAUCACUGGGUUUACUAGCUCGUGGUAUCCUCGUUACAAUACUAGGAAUCAACUCCAUCACUAAACUGGUCUCUUCUUUCUGGUUGAUUCCAUCUCUCUCCUACUCUCUCCUUCUUUCUCAGUCCCUCUCAGUGUUAGCAUGGAUCAUUCAUUCUCUCUCUCUUUUUGUUCUCUCUUUCUCUCCUACUCAUACCGGCCUUGGUCCACUGCCCCUUAACCUGACCUGGGGACUCACCCUUCUCUCCACUAUCCUUCGCUUUCGCUCCGUCAUACACUACUUAAACCACGGCUCUACUCUUCCGUCCUACCUCUCGUCCAGCGUUAUUCAAAUCACCAGCUACAUUGAGUUUGGGGUCCAAGUAGUGUACAUUUUCCUUUUAUUUGUUCCGGCCGGUAAACAUCGGUCAAGCCACACCCCUUUAUUAGGCUCCACCCAGUUCCGUCAAGGUGAGGAUGAAGAGGAGAUAUUGGACGAUGGUGAUGAGCUGUUGGUAACAUCACACGGUAUACAGGAAUAUGGAUCGGUUAGACCACACCCUACUCUGAGACGAUUCCGUUUACCAGAUGCUUCAGAGGAUCGAGCUAAUCCGUUAUCACUUCUCUCCUUUUGGUGGGUACAGCCUCUCAUGAAGAGGGGAUCACUAGGGUUGCUACGACGACCACAGGACCUCCCUCUAAUGCCCAAGGCUUUGUGGACGUCUACCGUUAGAGAAAGAUUUCAAAGGAUUUUUAAUCCUGAUAGAGGCGGAGCUAGGGCUGACACUGAGCUAUAUUCUCUCAAAUCAAUGGACAGGCUCUCAGUAUCUCACUCAAGUCAACCAUCUUUAGCAGCAGCUGCUCAUAAUACAGCUCCUAACAUUACUGACCCUCCUCCUCCUCCUCAUCAUCAUCAUCAGAUGUCCCUGGUACGUGCUCUUAACUGGUCCUUUGGUCUCCAUUAUUAUCCUCUCGGUAUUAUGAAGCUAGUUAAUGAUGUGAUUGGUUUUGGAGGCCCUUUACUCUUACACCAGCUGGUGGCUUUUAUGGAGAAUAGAACAGAGCCCAUGUCUCAUGGCUAUUAUUACGCUCUUGGUCUGUUCUUAAGUACUUUAUUGACGGCAGUUCUCAACGCUCACUUCACAUAUCAAGUAAACAAGGUUUGUAUUAAGAUUCGUGGGUCUCUCGUUACUGAAAUAUUUCGUAAAUCAUUAUCAGUUAGUACCGUAGGGAUGGGAGACUAUUCUACUGGUCAGGUUGUUAACCACAUGAGUACUGAUGUGGAUCGUAUCGUUAAUUUCUGUCCAAGUUUCCAUCAGUUUUGGAGCUUACCUUUUCAAAUAUCAGUAUCUUUAUACCUCUUAUAUAGACAGGUUGGACUUGCUUUUAUUGCCGGAGUGGUCUUUUGUAUAUUACUUAUUCCAGUUAAUCGCUGGCUGGCAAAGAAGAUUGGAGAGCUAAGUACAAAAAUGAUGACACAGAAAGACAACAGAGUUAAAUUGAUGACAGAGAUUCUUACUGGAAUCCGAGUUAUUAAGUUCUACGCUUGGGAGAAGAACUUUGCCGACAAAGUGAACAACAUCAGGUCCUCAGAGUUGAAGUCCUUAGCGGGUAGGAAAUACCUCGAUGCUUUGUGUGUUUAUUUUUGGGCGACCACCCCAGUCCUGAUUUCAAUAAUGACAUUCUCAACUUACGUUGCUCUCGGACACAAACUAACAGCUGCCAAAGUGUUUACAAGUCUUGCCCUAUUCAAUAUGCUAAUCAGUCCUCUUAACGCCUUCCCUUGGGUACUCAAUGGUCUCGUUGAGGCUUGGGUUUCCGUAAAGAGAGUCCAAGAGUUUCUGCGUCUCCCUGAGAUAGACCCGUCCUCCUACUACCUGGCAGCUGGUGCCUAUCCUGAGUCUCUCUCCAGUGAGGAGCGGGAUGCUGUUAGUAUCAGCAAUGCCUCCUUCAGCUGGAGGAGGGAGGAGGAGAGAGGAGACACUUUCACUGAAUGGAGUCUGAAGAAUAUUGAUAUUAGCAUUAAGAGGGGAUCUUUUGUUGGUGUUACUGGUAAAGUUGGAUCGGGCAAGUCUUCUCUCCUGUCUGCCAUUACAGCAGAGAUGAGGAAGAUAAGAGGAAAAAUUUAUGUGUCUGAUUUGGUCGAAGGGUUUGGAUUGUCUAGCCAGGAGUCAUGGAUACAAUAUGCCACAGUCAAAGAGAACAUACUGUUUGGACUGCCCUAUGAUCCUGAUAGAUAUGCAGCUGUAGUUUAUGCUUGUGCACUAGAAGAGGAUUUAAAGUCAUUACCAGCUGGUGAUCAAACUGAAGUUGGUGAGAACGGAGUGACAUUAAGCGGUGGACAAAAAGCAAGGCUGGCUCUAGCAAGAGCUGUCUAUCAAGAUAAAGAUGUCUACCUGCUGGAUGAUCCAUUAGCAGCUGUAGAUGCUCACGUAGCGUCCCACCUCUACACCCACUGUAUCACCGGACUCCUUAAAAACAAGACAAGGAUCUUGUGUACCCACCACAUCAGGUUCCUCCAGGAAACCGACUGCGUCAUAGUUUUAUCAAAUGGCGGUAUUUCUCUCACUGGAGCACCUGCUACUGUACUGCCUCUUAUAGAAGGGAAUGAGUUUAGACCCAGGAAACUAUCAGGAUCUCACAAACAGGUAACUGAAAGACCAGCUGCUGAGGUGAUUAAAGAAGAAGAUGAGAGUAUGACUGAUGGUGUACUAGUGAAGGAGGAGGAGAUGGAGGAGGGUGUGGUCAAAGUAGGCGUGUACUGGUCCUACUGGGUAUCAGUUGGGCUGGUACUGGCACCAGCUGUACUCCUCUCACUGUUUCUAAUGCAAGCGUCACGUAAUGUCAGCGACUGGUGGUUAUCGUUCUGGAUCAGUCACACGAGGAAAGAUGAACGUCAUAAUUUAACAUCAUUACUGGAAUCAGCUCCGAUAUCAACAAAUUCACAGCCACACCUAUCAUUUUAUCUUGGAAUAUACGGAGGAUUAGCAGCUGCUAACACACUCUUCACGUUGCUAAGAGCCUUCCUUUAUGCCUAUGGAGGUCUAGAGGCUGCAAGAGUUCUUCAUAAGAAACUUUUGUCCGCCAUUUUGGGGGCACCUGUUUGGUUCUUUGACAUUAAUCCUAUCGGAAGAAUAGUGAAUAGAUUCUCAUCUGAUCUGUACGCUAUUGAUGAUUCUCUUCCUUUUAUUUUAAAUAUUUUACUCGCUCAAUUGUUUGGACUAAUGGGGACGCUAAUCAUCACCUGUUACGGGUUGCCAUGGUUUCUCGUCCUACUGGUACCUCUUGCCAUAAUUUAUUAUUACAUUCAGAAAUAUUAUAGAAGAACAUCCAGGGAACUAAAAAGGCUCUCUACAGUGACUCUGUCUCCGGUCUAUGCUCAUUUUCAAGAGACUCUGACUGGUCUUACAACCAUCAGAGCUCUGAGAGCUACGAAGAGAUUCAUGAAAGAGAACGAGACAAAACUGGACAUGAGCCAAAGGGCAAACUAUGGAAGUUAUGCAGUUGCCCAGUGGUUAAGCAUUAGACUACAGAUGUUGGGCGUGGCUAUGGUAGGGGGUGUGGCUUUUAUUGCUGUCCUAGAGCAUCACUUUGCUGGCUCAGUUGAUCCCGGUCUUGUUGGGUUAGCGAUAUCAUAUGCACUCUCAGUCACUAACCUCCUCUCUGGAGUUGUGACGUCUUUUACUGAAACCGAGAAAGAAAUGGUCAGUGUUGAAAGAGCAAUGCAGUAUAUCAGGGGAGCUCCUGUGGAAAGAAAUAAUGAUAAUAAUAAUUCUCCACCCAUUGAUUGGCCAACCAGAGGAGUAAUAGAAUUUCAAAGAGUGGUACUGAAGUACAGGGAAGGGCUAGCACCUGCCUUAAAAGGAAUUUCAAUUAAUAUAAGAUCGGCAGAGAAGGUAGGUGUGGUUGGAAGGACAGGUGCCGGUAAAUCGAGUUUGUUUCAAGCUUUGUUUCGUAUGAUUGAUCCGCUUGAAUCAGGAGCCAUCCUCAUUGAUGCCAUUAACAUAUCAACUGUAUCACUUGACAGAUUGAGGUGA